GUUGAACAUCGUGCUGGGUGGUAUGACACCUCUGUAUUUCCACAUUGUCAACGUGUGUUUGCACUGCACCGUAACCUGCCUGCUGAUGCACGUAUGCCAGUGCCACGUGUUUGAAAACCGCCACCUGGCCUUCGUCACGGCGCUCCUCUUCACCGUGCACCCUGUCCACACCGAGGCUGUGUCUGGUAUCGUGGGUAGAGCUGAUGUGUUGGCCUGUCUGCUGUUUUUGCUGACAUUCAUCUCCUAUAUUAGGAGUGUGAGUGGGCGUGUCUCUGAGGACUCGCUGGCCUUCACGGUGUCGUCAUCUUCGCUGUUCCUCAGUUUGCUGCUGGGCACCUGCGCCAUGCUGGUGAAAGAGACAGGCAUCACCGUGUUUGGAGUGUGCUUGCUCUACGACGCCCUGGUGCUUUGCCGCAAGCCUCUCAUGUAGUAAGGACACAGGCUCUUCCUUUCUUCCUGUUUAUUUUUUCCCCAUCUUCUUUUAUCUGGCCAACAUGUUGCUGAACGUGGGCAUCGUUUUUCAGCAAAUUCUAAUACCUGUGAGCUACCACUACAACCAUAAAGAAUUUGUUUGUUAGCAGACAAAAUGAGCUUUUUCAGGCACUGUGCGCAUAAAGAAUAGAUCACUGAAAAGCUUCUGUUGGGUUUUACUUUCUCCAAGUAAAAAACACUUUUAUAUUGAAACAAUAAUGACAGCUUUCAUAAAGAGGUCUAGUGUAAGUCUUGUGUAAAGGUCAAGGUUUGAUUUAGACAUCUUUACACCCAAUCUGUACGUUUUUUUAUGAUCUGUGUUUUAUCCGUCUUCACAUUUCAUUCUAUAUUUCUGAAAAAUUUGCUUUGGACUUAUAAAAUUAAAAGAAACUAAUAAAAAGUGUCAGACCUUCAGAGAGAAAGAGCUUUUUUAAACAGUGUUUGAAAAUAAUACGAGCAGUCUAAUUUGUGCCUGUAACAGAGCGUGAUGCCGCUGGAUCUUCAGAUGUUUUAUUAGAGGUGUACACCUGAUGUUAUUGAACAGGAAGUGAACAAGCUUACUCUAGAAGUGUUAGGGGCUGACUGAUUCAAAAAAGCUGGCAAUAAUUAUCACAAUAUAAAUGAAUUAAACACAAAUAUAUCAGAGUAUGUUUUGUAUUGGUGUAACUGGUGACUCCUCUAUACAUACAUUGUGUUCUACUGUAUUAUGCUCUUGCUCAUCCUUUCUCUGUGCUAGUGCUGUCCAAGGUACACAAGAUUAAAUCUACCAGAUUAAAAGAUCCAGCAGGCAGUUUGAGGGUAUUUUUUUUUAUCCAUCAGUGAAUUUAAAAGAUAAGAAUUAAACGAGAGCCAGAUUAACCCCUUGACCCCACACACUCACUCUUUGUCAGGUUCCCAGUUGUGCACUUUGGCCGCUCUCCCCAGAGCCACACAACCAUUUUUAGGCUUAGUUUUGACCUGGACCUUUCAAGCACUUUCUACAGCAAUCCAAGAAUAUGUUUUAACCAACCUUUAACUGUUCCACAGUCUAAACUCGUUGUGGUGACAGAGCCUGGAAUAGUCUUCCUCCUGAUAUUAGAUCUGCACAAACGCUCAAACAUUUCAAAUUGUUAAUAAAGAGACAUUUUUGUGGUCUGGAUUUUUAACACACAUUGACUUUAAUAGCCUUAGUUGUUGUUGUUGUUUUAGUUGUUUUUAUUGACAUAUUGUAUUUAUUUGUUUUUCUAUAUUUUACUGCAUCAUUGUUGUGCAUUUUAUUUAUUUUAGUGGCAUUUUACAGUGUUAAGCACUGUUUGGAAAUGUGCUAUAAUAAACAAACUUGACCUAAAUACUUGUAACUAGGGAUGAUUGUUUUAAUAAUAGAGUAUCGAUUAUUCCUUUGAUUAAUUGAGUAGUUGGAUAAGAAAUACUUUUUUUUAUUCAUGGGAAAUUAUAAAUAUUCAAAAGACAAAAAACUUUUUCAAAAUAAACUGCAUACAACAUCUGUCCAAAAAACUAAACCCUUUGAUUGUAUUUAAGUGUGCAACGAAAGAGUUAGGGUUUAUUCAAAGUUAUGACAAAUUCCUGCGUAAAAAUGAUCAUCAUACAUAAUGAAAACAAUCUUAUGAAAAAUAACUACAUUAGUCUUUUGAAUAUUUUAUGUAAAGCCAAUACAGUUAUGCUGUAUAUUAUAUUAUAUAUUGGCAUUAGCAUUACCUAAGUGCAAAGCUGGAGAAAAGAGUAAGUCAUGCCACUGAAUGGUUGCUAAAAUUAAAUCCAAAUAUGAGCUAGGUGAAUGUCCCAAAACAUCUGCUAUUUUCUGCAGUUAAUGCUUAAUUAUUUAAAGUUGCCAUAUUUUUGUAGCAUGCACAUGCUUGACAUGAAGGAGUUUAGGGUUAGUUACAAAAUACAUAUAUAAAAAAAAUAAAAAUUAUUACAACAAUUGUUGGGAUAUUUUAUGCAUUUUUUCGUAUUAACGUUGUUUUAGACAAAUAUGAAAUAAUUAAGAUUAUUAGUUAAGCAUCUAAGGGCAGUUUCUUGAAUGGAAAAAAGAGACUGUUUUUACUAGAAGCAGGACUAUCACUUUUUCUGAUGUACUUUAUUCUUCAGUUUUACAUAUUCAUAGAAACAGUAUAUAAUAUCUCUACCGUAAGAAGACUCCAGUAAUUCAACCACAUUAUAUAGCUUCUUAGAAGUGCAACUAUACGUCAGUUCAGUUCAGUUCAAACCAGUUUUAUUUAUACAGCGCCAAAUCACAACAGCAGUCACCUUAAGGCGCUUUAUGUUGUAAGGCAGACCCUACACUACACUACAAUACACACAAUAAUACAUCCCAACGUGAUGACUCAUGACAUACUUACUAAUUAAUUAAUUACCCUCUAAGGGGUACAAUGAAGGAACAGGAGAGGAAAUUCCAUACAGAGUGAGGAAUGUGAAAACUUUCAGCUCUGAGUGAAAUGUAGGCUGAGUUGGAUUCAGUGCAAAAAUUAGACAGUGUUGGUGAUUUUGAACUCGAUCAAAAUCAGUGUUUUACUUUCACCACAUCUUCCCUGAAAUAUGCACACCUCCAUCCCAUCGCUCCUUUCCUUUUUCCCCAGUUACAGAAAAUUGGCAUCCUGCUGUUAACAGCAGCAGAAUUUUUUUUUCACAUCGUGAGCUUGAUAUUAGAAUUUUAAUUUCUAAUGUCAUAAUAUAAUUCUAAUCUGCCUAGUAUUGGACAACUAGGACAAUAGAACACAAAUUGCAAUGACUGAUUCUUUUUUCUUUUAAUUCCACUGUAUAAAAAUUGGAUGUGAUUCAUGAGGUAAAAUUAACACAAACGUCUGUGUACAGACAAGAUACAGCAGAUUGUGGUUGCUGAAAGUAACUGCUGCUACAGCUUCUCUGCUGCUGCUCACGUCAUCCCUCAGAUCAAAAUGACAAAGUGCCUCAUUGUUCUAUGACGUCUCUAAUACUUAAAUAAAAGUAUUUCAUUACAACAGGAACUUGUAAACAAAAUUAUUAUAAAGGUAAAACUAUCCAUUUUCAAGUCCCUCUAUCACUGUUUUUUAUAAUAUAAGUACUUGUAAGUAUAAGCAUAUGAAAAAUAUCAAGUGUGCUGUGUGGAAACAAGUUACAUUAUAAUCAACUGAACCUUCUCAGCCGCACCUGCAGAGUGACUCCUAUGGGCAGAAAUCUGUGCCAUCAGAAACUGUAUUUGAAUAAGUUAAAUUUGAAUUUGAAUUGCUUGGAUUGAAUCUGAAUUGUAACUUGAAU